UCUGCAGAAUCUGCACCAACCAGCACCAUGCCCACGACACUGGGGUAUGGGGACAUCCACGGGCUGGCACACGCCAUCUGCCUGCUCUUGGAAUAUACAGACUCAAGCUACAAGGAAAAGAAGUACAUGACGGGGGACUCUCCUAACUAUGACAGAAGCCAGUACCUGCAUGAAAAAUUCCAGCUGGGCCUGGACUUUCCCAAUCUGCCCUACUUGUUCGAUGGGGCUCACAAGAUCACCCAGAGCAAUGCCAUCCUGUGCCACAUUGCCCGCAAGCACAACUUGUGUGGGGAGACAGAAGAGGAGAAGAUUCGUGUGGACAUUUUGGAGAACCAGUCCAUGGACAACCUGAUGCAGCUGGCCAUGAUCUGCUACAUCCCAGAAUUUGAGAAAGUGAAGCCAAAGUACUUGGAGGAACUCCCUGAAAAGCUAACGCUCUACUCGCAGUUUCUGGGGAAGCGGCCAUGGUUUGCAGGAGACGAAAUCACCUUUGUGGACUUCCUCGCCUAUGACAUCCUUGACCUGAACUGUAUAUUUGAGCCCAGCUGCCUGGAUGUCUUCCCAAACCUGAAGGACUUCAUCUCCCGAUUUGAGGGUUUGAAAAAGAUCUCUGCCUACAUGAAGUCCAGCCAAUGCUUCCAAUGUCCUUUGUUUGGGAAGUCAGCUAUGCCUGGGAGCCUGGAGAACACUGGAGAACAGCCCGACUCCCUGAACCAGGCUUCUUCCUUUUUUCUUCUUUCCACUCUCUUCUUUUCCCCCCAGGCCUCAUUGGCUUCCUUUCUUCUAACAUGA